GUAUCUAUGACAGGCAUGUUCCAGGAUCAGUUGUUCAAUGGGCCUGGUCUCAAUAAAAGCUUUUAUUGGACUAACAAGGAAGUUUUCAGUUCUGAAACGUACGGGAUAUUUUUAUAGUAUGAUGACCGCUUAUAUAUCAAAAGCUCAUGGAGAAGUUUUUUUUUUUCUCAGUUCAUGACCCCUUUAAAGGUGCACCUGUCUUAUUCAGUUCCUCAUUUACCCCUUUAUAUCUAGCCCUGUGGCUCUCUUUAGUUUGUUCAUUAUUGACUUGGUGUUUUGAUGUGGUUCUCCUUGAAUAAUUAUCUUCAUCUUCUAGUUUUGCUGCACUUAGAUCCUCUACUCAACUCUUCCCUGUGCUGCACUUAGACCAUGAUGCCGUGAGUGUAACUUUCAGUAAAUCGACUAGAAUUAGGUCAGUUGUCUCUAUGCUUAAUGUUCCAGUCAUGUUCAAGUUAUCAUCAUCUCAUUCCAUUACUUCCAUGUAGCCCACUGUAAAACUCCUUAUCUUAUCUCAUACAUGAUACAAGAAAACAGAACCUUUCUGUUGACACCUGUUUUGCAUUAUGGUUAUACUAUUACACCACUGACUUUGUUCUCAAAUUUAAGUGGAUGAUAAUGCAUAUUUGAACUUUGACCAGGUUCUGCAUAAAAGAAUACACUUUUAAGGAAGUCAAAACAAAAGGCUGGGCAAGGCACUUUCUAAAAGUUACAUAUGUACAGUAUGUAUAUAUGUUUCAGCAGUGAUUUCACACAUUUCGGUGAACAAAGGAUGUCAAAGUGUGCUAAAUGGGCUCUUUCUAGGUUGAAGGAGACAAGGGGCUCAGCACCCACACCAUUUGUUUUCAAAUAAGUAAAAAAUACGUUAAGAAUGAUAGCUGAUAUUUCACACAUUUUAUUUUAUUUUAAAUUUUUAAUUUCUAGUACUAGUAUACACUGUAAACUGUGCACAGUUUUUAAUCAUAAGAGUUGGAUCAUUUAACUGAACAGUCAAAUGGCAACCUCUUCAACUCUUGAUGGUUUAUUGAAACCUGCAGACUGACCGUCCUUGUUGUGAUUAAAACAAAAAAGAAACUUUUUAAAAUAUUUUAGAAAAGUUCAGUUUAUAUCAAUAUCAUCACACUUUGGCGUUAGGCUACACAAAGUUUGGCAUCAUGGAAAGUCUAACAAAUCAAGAAGAAUUUGCUUGAAGGUAUUGACUGUUCAGUAUGUUUGCAUAGAGGUGUAAUACAUUAUCUUCACAUGGCACAGCUGCUUCCAGUUUAAAGUAGUUUCACAACAGUGAACUUGUACUCUUAACCAAUAUUCAGAGCAUUUCUCAAUUCGUAUCAGCCUUCUCGGGUUUAAGCUUCUUUUAAUGGCAAGAUGAGUGUAGCUGAGAAAGUCUGUGUUUUUGUCUUUCUCUUACAAGGUGUUUGCUGUAAAGAUUUCAGCAUCAGUCUGCCAGAGAGGAUUGAAGCUCUCAGUGGAUCAUGUGUGAUCAUAAAGUGCACAUUUGAGAUUGGGAAAGACGAGGACAAAUACCUCACUGAGAGUGAUGCUACAGGAUUGUGGCUCAAAGAUGGAGAUAAUGCGAAUAACCAUCAAGUGUUUAACUCGAGAGAUCCCAAACCUGAUCACUUUAAAGGGGAAAUAACUGGAAAACUACAUGAGAAGAACUGCACCACUAUAUUUUAUGAUGUUAGUUCAAAUCAUAAUGGUAAAUAUUACUUCAGGAUUGAGAGUGGUACUCUGAAAUUCACCUACACAAUUAACACUUCCACUAUAAAUGUCAUUGAGUCUCCCCCCAAACGAACAGUGAAGCUGUAUGUGGAGCAGAAGGAGGUUCAGGAUCAGGAGGAGGUGUUGGAGGGGAGCUCUGUGAGUCUGCGCUGCUCUGCUGAGACUCUCUGCUCCUCUCCUCCACCAACUCUCACAUGGAGCUCCACUCCCAGAAUCCCCCUCAGUGAGAGCAGCAGACAACAGGAGCUCAUCUCUGAUCUGAACUUCACUGCUGCUCACCGUCACCACAGAGUCACUUUCACCUGCACUAUAACCUACCAGAUACUGGACAAGAACAAAACAGCACAGGACAGCAUCACAUUACAUGUUCAGUAUUCCCCUAAAAACACAUCAGUUUCUGUGCUUCCCUCUGGCUCGGUGUUGGAGGGCAGUUCAGUGACUCUGACCUGCAGCAGUGAUGCAAAUCCAGCAGUGCUGAACUACACCUGGUCUAGAGAUAGUGAAGGACAGUUGAAACAGCUGCAGACUGGAGACACGCUUACCUUCAAUAAGAUCAACCAGACACAGGGAGGAUGGUACAAUUGUACAGCUCAGAACAAACACGGCACCCAAGAGUCAUCAGUGAUGCUGGACAUUCAGUAUGCCCCUAAAAUCUCUCCCUCCUCCAGUUGUAAUGGAACUGAUGUAACUGAGUGUUUCUGUGAGGUUGAUGGGAAUCCCUCUCCUAAACUGGAGUGGCGUCUGUCUGGACGUCCUGUCACUAACUCUUCAGACACGUUCAUCAGUGAAGAGCGAUUGAGCAGCACAGUCUUGAGGAGCUCCAUCACUCUACAUCAGUCACUCACACACACAUCUCUGCAGUGUGUCAGCAGAAACACUCAUGGCACUGCCGAACAGUUGUUUUAUCUGGUUUUCACUCAGAAAAUCAUUCAGAAAACUUCAUGGUUUGACGUUUACUCCCUCCUGGUUGGAGUCGUUGGUGGGGCUACUUUCAUAACCAUCUUAUGGAUCACAACACUGCUGUACAAACGGAUCUGCAGGACUCAAAGAGGAGAUAAAACUGGACUCAUUGGGACUGAUGUGGCUGAUUCGGUGGACAAUGGGGAAGAGCCUUUUUAUGUCAAUAAAGGUAUGAUGUCACCAGAUGAAGCCCCCACACUAAAUCAUCCAGAAACUCUACAGUAUUCCACCAUUAACUUUAUGAACACCAAACCAGAGUCAAAAGACAUUAGAGGCAUCUCUUCGCUUACUACUGACUACGCUGUGGUCGGAUAUUUCGGUCGAAACGUAGCAGAUAGCGAGGCAAAGAUCAGAGAAGUGACCUCAAUGACACAUGAAGAUGCCAUUUACCAGGUUCCUCACAAAGUAGCAAUUAAAGCAAAAUAAGUUAUGAGUUCAGAUGUGGGUGUAAAGCAAGGUGAAUCUAAGAAAGCAUACAAUUUAUAAACUAUUCUUAAUUCUUUCAAAUAGAGAUUUUAAAGCACAUUUAAGCCACACUUAAAUAUAUAUUUUGUCAUUGCAUUAGAUAACUAACGAUGAUCACAUUUUCUUAUCCAUCACUGAAUUUUAUCUGGUGUCAAGGAGAUUUUAAGUGGGUGUAUAAAGUAAUUAAUUCUCAGAGUAACCAGUGGUGUAGUUCAUUACAUUUACUAUGGACAUGUUCCACUUA